AUGUGUAUGUUAAUCGCACAUAAACGAUGGUUACGCUACGAACCAAUUGGUCUACCAAUACCAAACACACGAUUUUUAGUUUUCAAAACACCCCUCAGCGUGGCAUUAUCAACGAAAAUACCGAAGGAGAAACGAUUCACUACUUUGAACCUUCUGCAAAAAGUGGGUCUUAUCAUCGAUUUGACGGAUACGGAUCGUUAUUAUGAGCGGAGUGAUAUUGAAGGAAUGUGUAUUUUAUAUGAAAAAAUCAAUUGUCCUGGUCGAGGUUUUAUUGAAAGAGACGAUCUGGUCGAUGCAUUCAAUGCUAUCGUGGACAGUUUUUUGGAAUCGAAUGCUGAUAACGAGAUAAUGAUCGGCGUCCAUUGUACAAAUGGUGUUAAUCGCAGCGGUUAUUUGAUAUGUCGAUUUUUGAUUGAUCGUUUGGGGUGGUCUUCGCAUGAUGCCAUUGACGCUUUCGAAAGAACUCGUGGCUAUCCAAUUGAACGCGGUUCUUAUGUGCAGGCAUUGCACAGAGCUGCCAAAGAAAGACGAACGAAAAAAAGACAUAAACAUGUCGAAGAAGUAAUUUCAAGUGAUGAGUCCGAAGUGCAAAAAAUGUUGAAGAAACGAACUAAACACAAAAAAAGGAGGAAAAAUGAGAAUGGUUCAGGUGAAGAAAAUAGUACACCUGAUAUGGAAGCUGUUCUUAACCAAAUGGCAAUUGCAUUUGAGCAGCACCAAUCAUCGUUAAAUUCACUUAAUGAAGCAUCGAUAAACUUUGGAAUAGAAGUAAAUACAGAUACUACAGAAUUGCAGCAGCAUACACAAACCUCAUCACACCUUUCCGCCGAAAAUAGUCCAUUUAUUGGUAGUACAGGUACUGGAGAAGAAGAGGAAGACGAUGAUCUUAGUGCUGAGCAGGAUGUGCAAACAAUAAGUACAGGUGAUGAGCCAGAGGUCGAAAUUUCAAAAUCAAAGAAAAGGCGAGAGAGGAGAUUAAGAUUGCAAAAACAGUUUGAAUUGAUGAAAACAGGCAACUUCUGGAAGAUCAAUGAAAUGCAAAAGGAAAAAUUUGGCACAUCAUAA